GGCCCUAUCGCUGCUCUUUUUCUCUCUUAUGUAACCUAUUGUUUGGCAAUAUCUGGAAUAACAGAACAAUUCACAAUCCUUGGCCCCCGAUCGGCUCUCAAGAAAUGAACCUUUUUAGGAGUGUGGCGCGGUUUCCUGGAACGCUUUAUUUUUUUUUCUUUGAUAUUUAAAGGGAACCUGUGUAUUUAUACAGGAUUUGCACCUGUGGGGGUCUUCUGGGUUACAGCUAUAUGGUGCCGGUAUUAUAAAUGGCGCGUGGUGGUUGGGAGCCCUGUUUUCUAGGACAGUGUUUCCCAACCAGGGUGCCUCCAGCUGUUGCAAAACAACAACUCCCAGCAUGCCCGGAACAGUCUUUGUGCCAUCAGAUGGAGCAGGAAUGAGUUUGUCAGAUGCAGCAGAGCUUUAUUGCCAUGUGGAGAACAAUAAGGAGAACAAUAAGGAGAACCUCAUCACUAACCUGAACUACGAUACAGCGGCCAAAAAGAGAAAGAAGGAUCUUCUCAACAACAACACAAAGACGCAAUUUUUCUACCAAGAGAAGUGGAUCUAUGUGCACAAAGGGAGCACCAAGGAGCGUCAUGGGUACUGCACUCUCGGUGAAGCUUUUAACCGCUUGGAUUUCUCCACUGCCAUUUUGGACUCUCGGAGGUUCAAUUAUGUUGUGAGGCUCUUAGAACUGAUUGCCAAGUCCCAGCUGACGUCUCUGAGCGGCAUCGCCCAAAAGAAUUACAUGAACAUACUGGAGAAGGUUGUGCAGAAAGUUCUUGAAGAUCAGCAGAAUAUUCGUCUGAUCAAGGAAUUGCUGCAAACCCUGUACGCGUCUCUGUGCAACCUGGUGCAAGGAGUGGGCAAGUCUGUCCUGGUGGGGAACAUCAACUUCUGGGUGCACCGAAUGGAGACCAUCCUGGACUGGCAGCAGCAGCUCAAUAAUAUCCAGAUCACCAGACCUUUGGGAAAAGGAAUGACCUUAACAGAUCUGCCCUUGUGUCUGCAAGUGAACAUCAUGCAGAGGUUAACAGAUGGCAGGGACAUCGUGUGCCUGGGCCAAGUGUCCUCAGAUCUGCAGGUUCUCAGCGAGGACCGUCUGUUGUGGAAAAAGCUCUGUCAGUAUCACUUUACGGAACGGCAGAUUCGGAAGAGGCUCAUCAUGUCAGAUAAGGGGCACUUGGAUUGGAAGAGAAUGUACUUCAAACUGGUGCGGUGUUACCCCAGAAGAGAGCAGUACGGGGACACACUACAGUUCUGCCGCCAUUGUCACAUCUUGUCCUGGAAGGGAACAGAACACCCCUGCACAGCCAACAACCCAGAGAGCUGCCUGGUUUCUCUGUCCCCGCAAGAUUUUAUCAACCUGUUCCGAUACUGAAUCUAUGGCCAGGACGGACACUGAACACUUCAAAGGCCGAACUUAAGCUGUUAAUAUUGUAAAUAUAUCCAAAUGUGACAAGGAUGGCUGCUUCCGGAAAUGGCGACAUUCACCGCGAAAGCACGCGUCUGAAGAAAAUGAUGAACAAAUACCAAGUAGGAACAAAAAAAAUGGAUGAAAGAAGCUGAGAUGGGAAGGGGACAUACUUCUUAUAUAAAGUACCUCAAUGAACGGUGCGGGCCUCGAUGAAUGAUGUCAUAACUGAGUGGGAUCUGCUACAAAAUGGCCCAUUUUACUGUAAUACAAAGGUUAACCAACAUCCCCCUCCCUAUUUAGAGAAUUUACACGCUAAAUGCAUUUCGCAUUUCUACCUCUUCUUCAUCACCGUAAACCUAUAGAUGCCACCCACUUCUUGGAAGGGUGUAGGACCGAAUGGUCGGGUGUGAACAAGGGAUGAACGUGAAUGUUGAGGAAUUGGCGAGGAAACGUCAUGGGGCAAAAUCGGAUUUGACAUCAUCUAUUGUAACUUUUGCACGGUCGUUUUCCCACUGCGUUCAAUGGCUCGGACUGCUGCAUGGCGUUGAAGGGGUGAACAUUUCCUCAGCGUCUUAAACCUUUUUUAAGGGGAAGCUUUGAUUUCCAUAAAGGAGAGUUACACGGCACUUUUAUUUCUUUUUAGCACAAAUAAUAUGUAUAUGUUCACACCAAAUGCACUUUUUUACUUUUUAUAUAUUUGUUUGUUUGUAAGCAUGGGAAAGCAGGCGUAUGUAUAUGUUUUGGAAUAUAGGAUGGGUUAAAGCCAGAAUAGAGUAGAGGAGCUACAGUUCAUCAGGGGGGGCUAAAAGUCCUAUGAAUGGGCAAUGGAAGGUGCAGAGGGUCUUCAGGCUUCACCCUAAGUGAGUGAUAUAUAUCAUUUUAGUGCAAUGAUGUAAAACACAAUCGGUGGUCUCCAAUCAGUGGCUCUCCAGCUGUUCUAGAACUGUAACUUCCAGCAUGCCGUGGCCAAGACCCAUGGAUUGGAGACCAUUGGUGUAUAUAGGUGAUGUACAGUACAAUGCUAUCUAGUAGUUGGGUUGUGAAUUUAGGUAAAGCUUUUGUUCCAGGACUCAGGGUAAUAGGGGUGGGCAUUUGGCCAUGGCCACCCAGUUGACUCUUCAAUGAGAUGUCAUAAUCAAGAAUUUAGCAGGACAUGAGUUAAAUGUAGAUGUGGUUACAAGCAUUUGGAGGAAUGAAGAUGGCCGAUGCCCCCUCGUGAGUUAUUGGUCCUUGUAAUUGUGAAGAGUCCACAUGAAGUGUUGUGUGAAUAUGCCGGGUGCCUCGGAGAUUACCUUAGAAGGUUAAUGCACCCGUGUGAGGACCACUACUUUAGAAUUAGUCCUAGCAACUUAACUGAGGCAUGAGGCACAACGUGCAGCCUUUAAACACACUGACUAGCAUUGAAAAGCAUUAGGACAAAAACCCUGAAACAAAGUGUGGUCCUUAUCACUAUUAGUCCUAGGACCGGUUGGAGAAGGCCCCCUGGCAACCAGAUUUGGUGGAGAUACCAAUGCCACCUCUUACAUGGACCUCUAUUGACCCCAAUUUCAGUCAAGCAUAAAAGAGAUGGACACACAUGGUUAUGGUGUUCUACAUUAAUAUAUGGGCACAGCCAAGUCAGCAACUCCCUUAUAUAUCAAGAGAUGACACGGGAUACAUCUGGUCACAUCUACGCCCUGAUCGGCGAUCAAUGAUGAAAGAGAGAGAGGGUGUUAGAGGGUCCAAACAUACUGGUUAACAGUCCUGAUUAUGCUGGAACAAUCCUGAUAAUGGAACCAGCGAACCUACCCAAUGUGGCCAUUCAGGGGGCAUUCUUGGGCAUCUAGCGGUUUAAAUAGUAAUAGAGAUGAGCAACUCUCCAUAGACAUGUCUGAUUGGGCUCAUGGAGCCUGAUUGGGAAGGUCGCCAAUUGCCCUGCAAAUGUUUGUGCAAGGUAUGUACAGGACCUGGGACACCUGUCAAAGACCAGAGUCCCUGCUGCUAUACAGUACACCAAGCAGCUGGCAUGGAUAUAGAAAGUUUUUGAUGGAAUACCAUUAAUCAAAAUAUUUGCUUCCGGUUGAUUAUAUAGUAAUUUAACAUAACUUAUAAACCUCGGACCCAGCCUGAAGCGUUCAUAGACAGCUUCGAACGUAAAUGUAGUGGAAGCUGUGACGCAUAUAACAUUACUGCUCACCUCCAGGAUGCUCAGUGUGGAGCAACACGGACGAGGCAUAUCAGAAAAGGAUCACAAAAAGUUUGAAUUCUAAUGAAUCCGUUUUUUUGUGAAAUUCGAAUUGAAUCCAAUUUUUGCCCAAUAAUUUGCUGACCUCUAGUUAGGAAGCAUGUGGCUAGGUGCCCCCGGUUAUACCUGGAAGUACCCAAGAAACGUGUGCUACUUGUCCUCCCUAAAAUCCAGUCCUGUCCCAUUUAGCAGCUGUCAUGAUAAUAGGGUUAUCUUUGGGGAAAUAGGUCCGGGCAUGGUUUGGUAUUCCCCUGCAUUUGGUACCCAAUGGGGUUCUUGGAUAGCUCACAGUGUCCUGGGAAGUCUAAUGAACUUUUUUUUAUUGGGCCCAAGAAUUGGGCAAUAGCUAUACCCAAACAAGUCCUCACCUGCUGAUGUGUAGAUGAUGGUGCAAUCCAUUGUACAAAACAAAGGGAAGAACCUGUGUACAUACAUAUAUAUAUAUAUAUAUAUAUAUAUAUAUAUAUAUAUAUAUAUAUAUAUAUUCCACUGUGAGAUUUGACUUUACCACUCUGCAUGUCAUAGACAUCAUAUUUUUUUCUGUGAAAGAAAAUGCAAAAGUGCAAUAUAUAUACAGUAUAAACUACAGACUUGCUUUACGGCAUGUUGUUUGGGAUGCCGCGGCACCAUGAUUCCUAUGGUACAGUCAUAAUAAUAUAGAAUGGAUUCUUCUGAAUGUAGAAAUGUCUACAAAUGUUUUAUUAGAAGAUUAGAAGGUUAGAUUAGAAGAAAGCCAUGCAAAUGGGCGGCUCCUAUGGGACUCUUGGAGAAUCGGGCUAAGCCCUGGUUGGUCCCAUUGCCUUCGCUCUUUGGGUGGCAGGAACCUGUGCAAGGUCUCUCCAAUAAAGGGGUACUGUGCCCCUAGACAUCUUAUAAGAUGCCUGAUCGCAGGGGUCCCGCAGCUGGGGACCCUCACGAUCUCCCUGCUGCACCUGGCGUUCCUUUAGAGUGUCGGGUGCAGCGCUGGAGGCUCGUGAUGUCACGGCUAGUGAUGAGCAGCAGGGACCAUAUUCGAAUUGGCGAUAUUUCGCGAAUAUAUUGACGAUUAUUUGUCCUAUGUUCGCAAAAUUCGCAUAUUCGCUAUGUUCCUUCACUUUUUUUUGCAUGCGAAAAUUCUCAUGGAAAAUGCGCAUAAAAAAUUUGCAUUAAAAUUUGCAUGUGAAAAAAAAACACGAAAUGGAAAAUUUGCAUAAAAGAAAAACGAACAUCCAUCAUUACGGAUAUAUAGCACUAUAUUUCUAAAUAUUCGCAUUACGAAUAUUCGUGCUCAACACUAGUCACGGCCAUGCCCCCUCAAUGCAAGCUUA